UUGCACAUCUAUUACGUUUGUGUUCUCCCGGUGCUUGAAGUCUCCAGCAGAACAAACGGACCCUAUCGCCUUCCCCAAUUUUCGCCGCCUUGCUUUUUGCUGCCCUCGAAUCGUCGAACAGAACAAUGGCGGCGUCGUCUGCCUCCGCCCGCCUCCAUCUUCCCCUCGCCAGGCUCGAACCCUCUCUUCUUCUUCCUCCCCCGACGAGCGCUUGCAAUUGCUACUUCUCCGUCUCCUACUCGCUCUCUCUUAAACCGUCGUCGUCGUCCAUCUUUCUCAAACCCCUCCUCCUUCCCCGAUCCCUUCGCUCCAAGCCCCUCAAGAGCCGGGCCCCUAGAUCUAGCGCCUUCACGUGCCUCUUCACCGGCAUCGUGGAGGAGAUGGGCCACGUCGAGCGCCUCGGCCCCUCCGGGGACGAUGACGGCGGCAUCGAGAUGCGCAUCGCCGCGAGCACCGUCCUCGAAGGCGUCCAGCUCGGUGACAGCAUCGCCGUCAACGGCACCUGCCUCACCGUGUCCCACUUCGACCCCGGCGCCUCCACCUUCACCGUCGGCCUCUCGCCGGAGACCCUCCGCCGGACCGCCCUCGGUGAGGUCGGCCUUGGGUCCCCCGUCAACCUCGAGCGCUCCCUGCAGCCGAUAUCGCGGAUGGGCGGCCACAUCGUGCAGGGCCACAUCGACGGCACCGGCGAGAUCGCGUCCUUCGUGCCCGAGGGGGACUCGCUGUGGGUGAAAGUGCGGGCCACGCCGGAGCUGCUGCGCUACGUCGUGCCCAAGGGGUUCAUUGCGGUGGACGGGACGAGCCUGACGGUGGUGAAGGUGUACGAGGAGGAGGGGUGCUUCGACUUCAUGUUGGUGGCCUACACACAGCAGAAGGUGGUGAUCCCGCUGAAGAAGGUCGGGGAUAAGGUGAACUUGGAGGUAGAUAUACUCGGCAAGUACGUCGAGAAGCUUCUUAGAGGCAGAUUCGAUGAUCAUUCCGCUGCUAUUACUUCUUGAUAGGAAACGGGAGGAGUUCAAAGGCAAGAGGCAUCAACAUAAGCAAGCGUCCGACCCGAACAUUUUAACGAGUGUGAGACUAAUGCUGCCGAUCUUUACCAAGGAUAGUUUCACAAGACGACACUACUACCUUCUAUGAGGAACAUGAUUGAUUUAUGACUAUUACUUGUUCUUGAACAUGAUAUUAUGCUUCUGUCAUUCUAUAGUCUAACAAUGUAUGCUAUGCCUGUUGUGGUUCUUCAAAACUGGGUUUUGUCUGUCUUAUCUUCUUUGAACUUUUAUUACAACUAUACAUAAAGCUUCACGCCUGUAGUUCAAAAAGCAAGAGGCAUUAACAUAAGCAACUAGCUAACUCUAACACAGCAUUCUUGCCUUCUAUGAAGAACAAGAUUCAGAUGUUCCUCUGUUUAUUUUUGUGAAUGACACUAAACUUUUUCUCUCGCUGUUUUUGGCAUCUGCGGAUAGCGCUAUAUUCUGUUCUAAAAUGUUUCCUGUGUUUGUUGGCGGUUCUUCGACACUGGGGGUCUGGUCUGUCUUCUUUUUUUACUAACUUUUAUGACAACUAUACCUUCACACUUUAGCUAGCCAAUGUUCCUUCCUGUAAGUUCAAAAGUAAGUGGCAUCAAAAUUAGUAACUGAUUUUUCCCGACUCCUGAAAAUAAUUCUUGUUCUUCCUCUUUCCUACUUGUCGGGAGUUGUAUGUCAUCAGCUGAUUGUAACAUGGAUAUUCUAGGAAGAAUAAUACAUUUAUUGUGCUUGUUUUGUUUCCUUACGAUUAAUGGGCAAUGUCACUUAAUUAUCAUGGGCUCAACCUUCCAUAAGUUAAUUGUUGAGUUUAAACUGUUGAUUCAAAAAUGCUUAAAUAAAUCAUAGUUAACAAUAGAAAUAGUUAAUCCAUCAACAAACACUUAAAGGUCUUUCUAAGUAUCCUGUGAUAUGGAACGACUAAAUCGGUUCAUUACAAUCUUUCUCACUUGAGACUUUCAGCAUUUAAGAUACAACAUAACCCAAAAUCAAAUCCAGUAAUAGUCCAAUGAGACCUCACAUCAUUGCAUCUUUGAACGAGUGAUUAGACUCAUCUAAAUUAUUAUGCCUAGUCAUAUAGAGUCAUAUUUCACCGCAUCUGAUGGUUCCCCAAACUAGAGUCUCGCACCACCCUCCCACCAGAAUCGAUUCCUUGGCCAUCAAUCCCUCUCCCUCAUCAGGUGGUGGUGGCACGAAGAAAGCUUUCCUUGGGGAACAAAAAAGCUAAUGUCCAAUGUUACCGAGUAGAGUCAAUAUUUUGAGGCAGUCUCCAUACGUGUUCUUAAGACGAGGGUAAAUUUAGGACGGACCAUAUGCACAAUGAUUGAUGUUCAUCGGGUGGGACGAUCGGUGUGCCAACGUAGUCGCGUUGGCCACCAUACACGCGUUCUGAUGCCAGCUCUCAUCGCCUUCCAAACACAUGCUUUUGCUGUGUCGGGUUAGGAUUAUAAAUUUGUGUAUCGAUAUAUACCCAUUCGCCUAUACCACCACCAGGAGAACAAGAGAGGACCAAAGAGGGAGAGAAGAGAGAGAUCUGCCGCUACCAUCAUCAUCAUGAAGGCUACCGGCAUCGUCACGGUCGCUUCUACGGCGAUCAUGGCGGCCGCCUCGUACUCGACUGCGGUGUCCGGCUCGCUCUCGGAUCCCAAACUCCAAGCUCCAAACCAGGUAAGUGGGCGUCCGUCCACAUCAGCUAUAACGAGUAACCAAGGAUGCUGUGUUCGGCUUCUCACCACGCUCCUCUCGUCCGACACCAUGGAGCAGGGCCGAGAGUCGUCGUCUCAGGAGAAGCAGAAGCAGAAGCAGGAAGAUGGAUCGACUCCCAGAUUCGACGGGUUGCGGUUCAUCGAGUCGCUCGUCACCGCGCAUCGAUGAGGUGAGACCGCGCACCGUUUGCUGCUACCAAUGAUUGCACAUCAUUCUUCUCGACGGUGCAACUACGUUUGAUCAUUGCUGUUUAGUGGUUGGAGAAGGUGUAAUUUUCUUCCCCCUGUUUUCUUGUUUACAAUGAAACGAGAAGCACAUGUUCCAUGUGA